AUGAGGAACAACACCAUGGUGAGAGAAUUGACACUCUUGGGCUUGACGGGCAACCAUGAACUUGAAAUUAUCCUUUUCCUACUGCUAAUGGGGAUAUACCUUUUGACAAUAAUGGGAAACAUACUGAUUGUUCUAAUAACACUGGCAAAUCAACAGCUCUACACCCCAAUGUAUUUCUUCCUACGACAUGUUGCAUUUGUGGAGAUUGGGUUUACCAGUGCCAUUGUUCCUAAAGCUUUGGCCAACAUAGCCAUUGGCCAGAAGACUAUCUCUCUAGCUGGUUGCUUCACACAGUUCUUUCUGUACUUUGUCCUGGGAACCACAGAGUUCCUUCUGCUGGCAGCAAUGUCCAUUGACAGGUAUGUGGCCAUCUGCAACCCUCUUCGCUACUCUACCAUCAUGAACAAUCGGAUCUGCUCAUUGCUAGUGCUCUGGUCUUGGGCUGGGGCAUUGUUGCUGAUCAUCGUUCCUGCAGUUGUAUUAUUUCGGAUGCCCUUUUGCGGCCCAAACACCAUCAACCAUUUUUUCUGUGACAAUGGACCACUGAUGAAACUUGCAUGUGCCGACACAAGUCUGCUGGAGCUCCUCAGUUUCCUCAUUGCUGUUCUUUCUCUCCUUGGGACCUUAGCCAUAAACAUUGUGUCCUACAUCAAUAUUAUCUGCACCAUCAUGCGCAUCCCGUCAACCACAGGGAGGCAAAAGGCUUUCUCCACUUGUGCUUCUCACUUCACUGUGGUCUCCAUCACUUAUGGCAGUUGCAUUUUCUUGUACAUAAAACCAAGAGGGACCAGUGAUUUAGGCUUCAGGAAAGGGGUGGCUGUUCUAAACACUGUUGUCUCUCCUCUUCUGAUCCCAUUCAUAUACUGCCUGAGGAAUAAACAGGUUCAAGAUGCUUUGAGAGCAACAAUUAGACAGCUUGUUUCAUUUUGGAAGGGUGAUUCAGGUAUAUCAGAGCAAAAAAAUAAUACUAAACAGUAA